GGGAGAGCGUAAAGACUUCAUCCUGUCAAAGUAUCAGGACGUUCACUUUGUGAGGCGGAGCCACAGCUCGACCUCAGCGCUGCGACUCGGCCUGCAGGAGGCGACCAAGAACUGCGACAUCUACAGUCUGAUCCAGCUGUACGCUCAGAGGACCGAGCUCAGCCAGCCGCUGCACACACACAUACAGGAGAGAGGGGAGACGGCGCUCCAUCUAGCCGUCCUAUUGGCUGACAGGACGUCACUGCACAUCCUGGACUUCUUAGCUCAGAACUGCUCCAGCGUGGAUGUGCAGACAUCAGCAGGAAACACGGCGCUGCACUACAGCUGUCUGCACAACAAGAGCGACUGUGUGAGACUGCUGCUGAGAGCCAGGGCCAACACACACAUCAAGAACGAGUUAGGAGAGACGGCUCUGGACGUGAGCCGCAGGCUGAAGCACGGCCACUGCGAGGAGCUGCUCCAGCAGGCCCAGUCCAACCAGUUUGACCAUCACGUCCACGUGGAGUAUGAGUGGAGGCUUCGUCACGACGAUCUCUAUGACAGUGACGAUGACUUUGAUGACAAGAACGGUCCAGUGAAGAAGGAGCGCUCUUCCUUCACCUCCUCCUUCUCCUUCUCCUCGCGUCCCUUCAGCUUCAAUCAGUCCUCCUCCUCCUCCUCCUCCUCCGUCACCCCGCCUUCCUCUGGAGUCGCUGGGGGAGGUCUGCUCAGUGUGGGGAGGAGGCUCGCCAUGGCUAUGGAGCUCCACAGCCGGCCCUCUGGCUGCGCCUCCAGCCCCCCUCCUCCUCCUCCGUCCUCACCGGCACCUCCGCUGCCCCCCAGGGUCAAAGCUCCCAGUGUUCCUCCUCCGCCUCCUCCUGCUGGGGGGGAGGGUGUUGGUGAAGAAGAGGAGGAAGAGGGGGAAGUCUUCUUCUCCCUGACAGGAAACAGAAAAUCAACGCCUCCCCCUCCCAUCGCCGUUCGACACAAGAGGAGCUGCUCCGAGUCCAACACGCACGAUUACGGGUUGCCAACCAGUCCCAGGAUCUACAGCGGUCCAGACUCCUCCUUUAAGAA